UUUCCAUAGCAGCUAAGACAGAUAUCUGGUUUAUCAGUAUGUAAAACAUAAUACUCCUCCCGUCUAUUAUCUAUUGUGAUUGCUACAAGUAGUUGUGUCAAAUUAUUUGUCUUUUAGAAGUUCCAAGAUAAACUUAUCUUUUUCCUAUUUUACCCUUAGUAGUAAUUAAAGACUACAAACCCUUCAAUCUCUCCUAAUUAAUGUUUCUUAAGGGUGUCGUUAAAAAGAAUCAUGAUAGAUAAUUUGAAAGGGGGUGUAGAGGUGGGGGUGGGGGUAUAUACAAUAUACAUAAAGAAUUCCUUAAAACUUAAUGUAAUAUUGUGGCACAAUACUCCAAUCAUAGGACCACUACUGGAUGCAUAUAGCUUCUGAUGCUGGAGUCUGGUCUUCUUUCAGUGCACAAUAAUUGAAGAAAAUAUGUCUUUUGAUCCUGGUAAACAUCCUUAACCUGUUAACCAUUAAAGUUCCACGGGCUUUGUUAACAAAAAUUUCAGCCCAAAUUCUCUGGCCCAGAAUCUACAAAAAGCACCCAACUGUCAAUCAAUAAUUGGUUAAAAUCAGUUAUUGGAUUCUGCCUUGGAAGUUUUCUUAUCCUUGGUUAACCUUAACCAAGCAAAUUUUCUGCUGACUUGAGGAAAAAUCUUACACUAACUCCAGUCUUGUUGAGAACCAAGACUCCCCUUAUUUCAUCAAUGGCCUUAUCUAAUCCCCACUUGCAAAAAAUUCUUCUAUUAAACAAAAUUUGCUGCAACUAUGGCUACAAAAAGAACAUAAUACAAAAGACUGCUGGUGGAGGUGGAGAAGGCAGAGGAAGAUGCUGUUCUGCAAUUGCAAUUGAUGCGCCGGCUCCUUUAACCAGUGUUUCUGGCAUAAGAUGGGGCUCAACUAUGAUCCAAGGUCCACGUGAAGAGAUGGAAGAUGAUGCUGUCAUCGUUCAAUCCGAUGAUCUUGAUGGCUUUACUUAUGCUGCUGUUUUUGAUGGCCAUGCUGGCUUCUCCUCUGUCAAGUUCCUUAGGGAAGAGCUGUAUAAAGAAUGCGUUACAGCAUUACAAGGUGGGCAGCUAUUGAACAGAAAAGACCUAAAUGCAAUCAGGAAGUCACUACAAGAAGCUUUUGAAAAUGCGGAUAGGAAACUCUUGAACUGGCUUGAGAGUAGCGAAAAGGAAGAUGAAUCCGGUUCGACAGCUACUGCUCUAUUUGUUGGGACUGAUACAUUGAUUAUCGCACAUGUUGGAGAUUCAUCUGUGGUGUUGUCAAGGUCUGGAAAAGCAGAAGCAUUGACCAAUUCACACAGGCCAUAUGGAAACAACAAGGUUUCUCUCCAAGAAAUCAGAAGAAUCAAUGAAGCAGGUGGAUGGAUUGUCAAUGGAAGAAUUUGUGGAGAUAUUUCAGUAUCCCGUGCUUUUGGUGAUACGAGAUUUAAGACAAAGAAGAAUGAGAUGCUGGAGAAAGGGUUUAAAGAGGGCAGAUGGUCUGAAAAGUUUAUUUCUCGGAUUCAGUUCAGGGGAGACUUGGUCACAGCAUCUCCAGAUGUUUUACAGGUGACUCUUGGAUCAGACGCCGAAUUUGUAGUAUUAGCAUCUGAUGGAUUAUGGGAUUGCAUGAAAAGCGCUGAAAUAGUAGAUUUCGUUAGGAACCAGCUUCGAGAGCAUGGCAAUGUUCAGAUGGCCUGUGAAGCUCUUGCACGGACCGCCUUGGACCGACGUACACAAGAUAAUGUCAGCAUUGUCAUUGCUGAUUUGGGGAGGACGGACUGGAGAAAUUUACCUGUGCAGAAACAAAAUGUUGUGUUAGAACUGGGACAGGCUUUAGUCACAAUCAGUUUUGUGUCAAUUGGAAUAUGGUUAUCAACCAUGAUUUCCCCUUAGAAGUUUGAUAGUAUUUAUUAAUUGUAUAUAUUUUUACAUAUGAAAGGAACAGAAGCUUCAACUAUACCUUGUACAUUUGUUGGUCAAGGUAAUCAAAUUAUGGAGCAUUCUGGAAA